GGGGACAGCACCAACAACACUGACUGAGGGGGACACAGAGGGGACAGCACCAACAACACUGACUGAGGAGACAGCAGCAGCCACCAAAGCUUCUUCACCUGUCUGGAUUCUUCGCCAAGGCUGAGGAAUGUUACAAGACUGUGGAAGUUCAGUCUGGAAAACAGACAAAGCAAUGCAUCCACCAGCACACAAGGUGCCCAUCUUGCUUCUUCUGAGGAGAUGUUAAAGGGCAUCAUCGCUACUAUUCUGGUGUCCUAUUUAUCUGUUUUCACAACAACUACGAUUAUUUGGAGCUUUUCUCUAUUUCCAAUGGGGAUUUCAUGCUGCGUGUUUACCAACAAAUGACUAUAACUUUAUGCCAAGUACAAAGCUAAGGCUUUUUAUCAGCAAUAACCCAGCGUCUGCAAUUUGGCUUCAUUAAGUGAACGUGAUAUCAGAGCAGAAAUGUAUGGAUUUAUAAAUACCUGCUUGAAGUCACUGGUGAUUGAGAAAUAUGGUGAAGAGGCAUGGGAUUUACUAAGGGUUAAAGCUGGAGUACAGGACACCUUUAUGACUUAUGAAGUUUACAAAGAUGAAAUCACACUGCAGUUAGUGGAAAAGGCCUGUCAGAUGUUGGGUGUUUCGCCGGAGGCCGUUCUGCAGCAGUUUGGAGAGUAUUUCUUUGAAUUCUGUAAAAGGUCAGGCUAUGACCACAUGCUGAGGACUCUGGGUGGAAACCUCUAUGAAUUUAUUGCCAACCUGGAUGCCUUACACAGUUAUCUAUCGCUGUCUUACCAGGCCAUGAAUGCCCCUUCUUUCAGGGUAGAGAUGAAUGAUGAUGGCUCGAUGCAUUUGCAUUAUUACUCAGACAGAAGAGGACUGUGUCACAUUGUUCCAGGUAUUAUGGGGGCGGUAGCACUGGACUUUUUCAAAACGGAAAUAUCUAUGGAGAUAAUAAGUCAAUCCGACGAAGAAGAAAGAACAGGAAAAAAAGAGCACAUUGUUUUUCUUGUGACCCAGCGACCGAUAGUUCCACCUAAAUCUUCCAAUAAGCCAGCAGUGCAGCAAAACAACAUACAGAUUUCUCCUCAGACUAUUGAAAAUGCAGUUAAUAAACUACGAGACAGAGCAAACCAAGGAUCUGCCUGCCCUGUAAAGAAGAAGAAUCACUGGGGGACCAUACGGGGAAUUGUUCAGUUUGGAAGAGGUAAAAUGUUAAGGGGAUUUCUGCCCGUGUAUCCAAAGUCUCUCUGGGUCGAUGUUAAAACAUUCUGUAAUGGGCUCCCAUUUCAUAUAGUGUUUGAUGAAGAGCUGAGGGUGAAGCAGGCUGGUGUGAGCAUACAAAGGAUUGUUCCUGGGCUGCAGACUAUGGGGAUUCGACUAGAUCAGUAUUUCAGCACAGUGCACCCUGAAGUUACCCUGACUAUUUCUAAUGUCAGAAAGUUCAUUAAUAGUCAGUUUGUAUUUAGGACAAAGAGAGAGAUGAUGCCUGAAGCAUGGAAGGAGCGUCCAAUGCUGGAAUUGAGAGGUCAGAUGAUAUGGAUGGAAUCUUUCGAAUGCAUGUUAUACUUGUGCUCUCCUCUGUUACGCAACUUGCAUGAGUUGGAGGAGAGGCAGAUGCACAUCUCUGACAUAGCGCCCCAUGAUGUCACACGGGACCUUAUUCUACUGAACCAGCAACGAUUGGCAGAGAUGGAGCUAUCUAACCAGCUUGAGAGAAAGAAAGAAGAACUAAGAAUACUGUCAAAACAUUUAGAAGAAGAGAAAAAAAAGACAGAAGCUUUACUGUAUGCCAUGCUUCCGAAACACGUGGCCAACCAACUGAAGGAAGGCAAGAGGGUAGAAGCAGGUGAAUUCAAAGAAUGCACAAUACUAUUUAGUGAUGUGGUCACGUUUACCAACAUUUGCGCUCAGUGUGAACCGAUCCAGAUUGUCUCUAUGUUAAAUUCUAUGUAUCUCCGAUUCGACAGAUUAACCACUGUGCACGAUGUUUAUAAGGUGGAGACUAUAGGUGAUGCAUACAUGGUUGUGGGCGGCGUACCCGUUCCUGUUUCUACACAUGCUGAAAGAGUUGCAAACUUUGCUUUGGGAAUGAUACUUAUGGCAAGAGAAGUGAAGAAUCCAGUCACUGGAAAUCCUAUUCAGAUCCGAGUAGGGUUACAUACUGGCCCAGUGUUAGCUGGAGUUGUAGGAGAGAAGAUGCCUCGCUAUUGUUUGUUUGGGGACACCGUGAACACAGCUUCUAGGAUGGAAAGUCAUGGUGUUCCUAAUAAAAUUCAUCUAAGCCCAGAUGCCUACAGAUGUCUUAAAGAUAAAGAAUUUGAAAUAGCUGGACGUGGAGAAAUCGAUGUAAAAGGAAAAGGUAAAAUGUGCACAUACUUCCUGGUGAGAAAUGUAACUGCUCAAGAAAAUGAGAUUUUAGGAAGACCAGCAAAAGAGACCGAUUCAGGGCGAGAAUCUUCCCAGUCUCUACAUGAGGAUCUCAGCAAGGGCAGCCUGCAAAUGACAUGUCCUCAAGCGACGCAGGAAGAAUAUAUCCAGAACUCCUGCCCUACAAUACCCAUGCACUAUGAUGAUAACCUGCUCUUCAGUGACAAGGGGGGACACACAGAUGUAACUGGAAAAAUAAGUGAUUCAAAAGACUAUAGGAAUAUCCAAAAUGGUCGUCGGGUUGAAGAUGAUUGUUUGAAAAAAUCAAGAGAAAAACAAGAGCCUGAAAACGCUCAUGUCAGAUCACACUUCUGUGUUCUCAUUUAAUAUCAGCUUAUGGGGGUUUUCCAGGUCUUUGAUAUUGAUGGCCUAGCCUAAGAUAGCUUAUCAAUAUCAGAUUGGUGGUGGAUGCCUGAUCAGCCUUUUGAAUGGGCCAUGGCAGCUCUGUGUAGCUCAGUAAAUGGGGCUAAGCUGCAGUACCAGGCAUAUCCUUUACAAAACAUAUGAAGCUGUGUCUAGUAGACAAUGAAAGGGUCGUGAUGCCCACUGAAGUGUCUUGGCCACUUUGAACAGCUGAUCGGUGAAAGUGCCAGGUGUCAGACCCCACUGAUUUGAUAUUGAUGGCCUAAAAACAUUUCAUCUCCUUUACAGAGCCAAGUUCAGGCUUAAAACUAGUUUCAUGGAGGAGAUAGACUGUUGCUUUUUGAAAUUGGGUGAACAAAACUGUGAUUUCACUGUAUGCUUUGGAGUGCUACUUCUUCUUCCUUGUAUAUUGUUUUUUGGUAUACUGUACUGUCAAAUAUGCAAUACAUUUUAUUUAUUGGUAACUCUCUUUUAUGGGGACAAAGAGCAAUGAUACCUUGGAUUAAUAAUGCUAUACUGCCUCAGACUGCCAGUUGAGUAUCACCAAUUUAAACUAAUACGAACACAUAAAGAAUGUAUUUUAUAUUCAUCGUACAUAGAUUGCAUUCCAUAAAUUCUGACCAAAGGAAACAUUUCUUAUAUUUUUUAUUAAGUAUAGAAAGUGUGCUCGCACAGUAUAAGCACAGCUUGUCCUUUUAGAAAAGUGUACUUUAGAGAUGGUCUAUAUAGAUAGAAAUGUCAUUGCUGUGAAUGUGCAGAACCCUUGUACCAGUGCUCGUGACGCCGGGAGCUCGUGACGUCAUAGCCCAACCCCCUCAUUACAUCACACCCCGCCCCCUCUAUGCAAGUCUAUGGGAGGGGGCGUGGCGGCUGUCACGCCCCCUCCCAUAGACUUGCAUCGAGGGGGCGGGCGUAAUGUCAUGAUGGGGCCUAGACAUCACAAGCUCCCGGCGCCGGAUCUAGCUUUCGGAACAGUUUGUUCCAAAUACUAAGAAGCGGAGUACCCCUUUAACUAUGUGAAUGGAAUUCUAUAUUAUAUGGUAAUAGUUCACUAUGUGGAAAUAAAUGGGAAUAAAUAUUUCGGCUUCCAAACAGGGAGCAGGUGAGAAGCUGUAUGACAAACACCUUUACUUACUCACUUACUUUAUAUACACUAUAUUUUUCGGAUAGAUGCUUCUGCAUUCAUAUCUGCAGGAUAUUGGGCAUAAGCAAACCUCUAGGGCUAUGUUCAUGCUGCAUUCGGUGUGUAUGGUCAGUGUAUACUCUGGGAAAUUCCCCUAACAUACAUGCACAGCCUAUUCAUAGGGUGUAAUUGGCUGCAUAUACUGUAUGUCAGAAUAGUGUCUGCUAUAUACCUGAACAGUUCACAUAUGCACAUUUUUUUUCCCUAACUGUAUUGAAGUUGUAUUGUAUUGACGUUAGUUUUUCACUCAAAGCAAUAACGGUAAAAACACAUACUAUGGUGUAUGUGUUUUAGCAGUCUAUUAAUAACAUAUGUGGAAUGUAUGGAAUGCUAUCUCCUGACUGCUACCACAUUCUCCCUGUACAGAUGAUUGUAUAUUAGAAAGUAAUGACUCAUAUUAAUUCUAAGAUAUGGAGCAUUUGGUACUAUAUAGUGUAAGGUUAUAUUUGGAAAUUCCAGUGCCAAAUGCAGUCUAAACCAAUUUUUGCUUGGGUUGAUGGGCAGGCUAGACCUUGGGAUGCCAAUAAUAAGCAGACAUUAGGGUCAUGUUUUCAGCAUGGUAUGACAUUAGCUUCCUGUGCUUCCUUAUGAUGGUAGCUGUCUGUUUUCAGAAAACCUGUGCCAAAUUUUAAUAAAUAAUAUACAUGUUUAUUUGUUAUUUUCUAUACUUUCUUCACCAGUCUUUUGGCAUCUGGCAAUAGCUUUUGUUUAAAAAAAAAAAACUUCCUUGCCAUGUUGUACAUCGAAAUGUUAUUCUUGAAAUGCUGGUAAAUGGUAAUAGGCAAUAAUUUAGAGACCUUUAACUUGCUAGUACUGUAGGGUUUUCAGGCUGAUGGAGAAACCCAUUGAAUAAUCUUUUUUCUUCUAACUGUUGGUGCCAUCUGUGAGCCAACGUAAGCAAAAUAUCUACAUAGUGUUCCACUUUAUUUUAGAACGUUUUAUUCAUGCUAGUGGAAAUUGUAACUCAAUUGCUGUAGUAGUGUUGUUGUAACAUGUUGCUUGUAACAAAGGUGGAAAGGAAGACAUGGCCAAACAUCCACAUGUUGUUCAUGUUUUUUUUUUUACAUUUGUGCUAGUAUGUAGCUUGUGUGUUGAUGAUACAGAUGAUAACAGACUGGACACAUGAGACCAACCAAACUUCUGCUGUAAAAUAGGCAGCAUUUUCUAAUGGAAGCAUCACACGGUUCACUAGAAUGGGAUUAAAACACCUCUAUCGUAAUUUACAAGAAUGGGAUUUAAACACAUCAAUCGAGAGUUAAAAAAAAUCACAAUCUCUCCUUAGGGAGCUUUACAGAUAUAUAAGGAUGAAAAGCAGCUAGAAAUUGUGUGUCUGAUCCCUUUUCCAUUCCUCUACCUAGUUUUUGAAAAUGCCUCUCCAUGCCUGCUGAGUGGACAGGCAAUGCCUGGUGGGAUGAUAUUGCUGUGCUCAUCGAAUGUCUUCCCACAGCUGCUCCCCCUCCCCUCUCACAGCAUGCAGCCUAUCAGACACACAGAGAAACUCCAGCUGCACCCCCCUCCUCUCAUGAGUUCCUUGUCUUCUAGAAGAUAUAUCCAUGUAUUCAAAUGUACUGCAGAGUAACACAUAAGGAAAUGUGAUAGGUACAUGCUAAUAAAAUAAAUUAAAUUGAGAUUUUUCAUAAGAAUGCCUGCUGCUCAGAAAUUAACGUCUCUUCGGAGAAGUUUAUGACUUGAUGUUGAUGUGUCAAGUACCAAUGUAUGUAAGAUGCUUUGGCAGAUUGAUAUAUCUACACAGUGACAAGCAGAUAGCAUAUUAUUGGCACCAGUGAGUAAUACCACCAGAGCAUGGAUAAUGGGCAUUAAUUGAUGUGUCAAUAGGCUUCCUCUAAACUGCUAAUUUACAUUUGGUUCCAUUUCCUUUAACCAUCCUGCAGUGAGACACAUCAGGUACCGUCAAUGAUGAAAAUGCUGAACAUGAAAAUAUAUUUAACAUAAUUUGAUCAAUACAGUUUAUUUUAUUGAUGGAUAGAGUGCAUAUAUUUGCCCACUGUGAGCUGGGGGUGGGGUGGGGGAGGUGUAAAAUAAACAACCGGUGGAGGAGAUUACAAAUUACACAUCUCCUUGGCACUAAAGCUCUGCUCUGCUAGUAUGACAGCUCUGAAAUGGCCUUUUACUAUUGCUGUGUUUAUUGCGUGUGCACGUUUUGAAUAAAACAUGGCAAGCAUCGAGAUUUAACCUUCAAAUAUCUGCCUAGAAGGUUGUAGCCGCACUGGCAGCAGACGAUGUGGAUAAUCAUUUUGAGAUUGGCCCAACAUAUGUUUUUCAGCCAUGAAUGUAAAUGCUGCAAGAAUAUAACUAACUAAAAAUAAUACAGAUUUUUCCCACAUUAGCCCAAAAAUUUAAGUGACAUUUCAGCAUCUGGUAUAAAGUAUAGUCAAGGAUAAUUGAUAUGAAAAAUCACAGAUAAAACUGUGGUAUUUGCAUUGUUCUGUGUCUAUUAUGUUUUUUUUACUUUGCUAGAUUUAUAAUAAAAAUAUAGGUGCAACAACUCAGACCCCAGAAGACUGUGUUUGCCUACAUGUAGAGGUUUUAUGAUUCACCCCACUUUUAAUAUGAAGCACUGUUUACCAGCUAAGGUUCCCUGGGGUUUCUUGAAGCCUGGUUGAUAGUUUCUAUAAGAUAGCUGCAGGAAGAGCUGUCACUUUCACAGUAUGCUUGACGUAGAUGCAGGCAAAUUGCUCAAUAAAUCUCAGCCAGAAUAUAAAUGAUAGAAUCCAUUACACAACACCAGAUUCUUCUGAGAUGGGGAGGGGGAGUAGGGGUUUCCUGUAAGCGGAAACAUGUUUUCUGAAUUUGCCCUUAGUAUUGUUGGAAAUAACUGGAAUGCUUGCCAUGCUGAAUCCCGUAAGAGAAUCUGUCAGCUAUGAUGCUCUUGCUCAGAGCUGCAGACAUGGGCUUAGAUGGAGACAAAACAAUGGAUACCUGACUCUUAGCUGAUAGCAGUUUGCAUUGUUAUAAAAAUAUUUUUAUUCUAAUAAGCUUUAACGUAAUAGAGGCAGUCCUCAGCUGCAGCAUGCAUGCCUCCUCCCUCCCCCACUCCUCCCUGCCUUUCUUUGAUGUACAAGGCCAAACCCUAUACACUAAUCAUGCAGGGCAGGGAGGGUUGGGAGAAGGGUGACUACAUACAUGCUGCAGCUUACCCAGGCCUUCAUAACUCUUGAGAUUAUAGGUAAAACAUAAUUUUAUCCACCUAAUGGCUAUCUGCCCUUGUCUGCAGCUCUGAGCGUGAUAAAUAGCUGACACAUUCCCUAUAAAAGUUUGCAACCAGCAGAGUAUUUAUUUGUACAUGUGACGCUGCACUGUGCUGUAUCUAAAAGCAAAAAGAAAAAAUGCUCUUCGGAUAUUUCCACAAUUCUAUUCCAUUUAAUAUAUCUAGUAAAGAAAGGUAAGUGAAGACAUUCAGGGAGACAGGUAGAUGAUAACUGUAAUAACUGUCUAAUGUUAAGUACAAUGAAUUAUCUCAUUGUUUUUGUGUAUGAUCAUUUUGUACUUGGAUCCUAUAGGACUUUCAGAUACUGUAGAUAUUUUUCAUGCACUUUAUUUUGACUAUAAACACUAUAUAGCAAAGUUAUUGUCAUAUAUUUCCAUGUUUAUUCAAAACAGUUGAUAUAUUUGUAAUAAUGCGUGAUUUUAUAUGUUUUAUGUUUGUCUUUCUAUGUCUGGAUAGUCAGAUACUUUGUUGUACAGUACAGGUCUUUGUAUCUGUGUUAUAAGAACAUGAAGAAAAUACAGAAAAUACAUUUAUUCUGUGCAUUUUUUUAAAUUGUAUUUAUUUUUCAUUAUACCACUCAUUGUUUUCAUAGAGUGAAAGGUGAUUUACCCCAUAGCUAUCAAACUACUGCAAUAACAUAGCAAUAUUACAUUGUCAAAAUAAUCAUUAUAAAAUAUGACAUUUUUGCAAUGACCCUAAUAGUAAACUUCACUGGAUAUUACUGAAUGUCCGCUGGGACCCCCUGUGAUCUCUAAAAUUGGGCCCUGAGUCUUUGUUUUCAAAGGAGCAGCAAGUUGCACAUGUAAAACUUAUCGUUUCAUUCAUUACAAACUCUCAUGGUCGAAGUUUUGGGCUGUCAGACUGAUGGCGAGAGGAUAAGUUUUAAUCAAGAACAAAACUCAAGGCAAAUUUUCCGUAAGUAAAAUGGGUCUUGGAAGUCUGGUGCUCUACAUGCAUGUUUCCAAGGCACUCUGUACUCUAUAGAUCUAUACCACUACAGGAAAUGGUUAAAUAGCUGCAUGUUACUGGACUGGAUAAGUUGCCAAAAUGAUGCCCCUUUUCUCUGACAUCACAUUCUGGUCUGUAAUUAUUGGCUGAACAUGUAGCUUACGCACAUCCUGCAAUUCCCAACCCAGAUUUUACUCUGGGAAUAGUAAGAGCUUUCUGCAUAAAGAAAGCAGAAAAAAAUUACCUAAAAAGAAAACAUGUAAACUAAAAAAAGGGGAACUCCUUUUUGAUAACACUAAAAUCAAUUAGUGAUUCACUCAUCUUUUAGAGUUGUGCACCGCAUAGGCACAAGCUUCAUAGAGACAAACUAUAUCAGAUAUCUAUUAGACUAUUACACCCACAAUAUCUAUUAGACUUCAAGCCAUAGUUGUUUGAGCUGCACACCGUGGUGCCAGCUGUUUGUGAGCUGGCACCGUGGCAUGCAGCUCAAACAGGUGGGUGGCAAAUACAAGAUUGUGGGGGUCCCCAGCGGCAGGACCCCUGUGGUGAGACAUCUUAUCCCCUAUCCUUUGGAUAGGGGAUAAGAUGUCUCAGGGCUGGAGUGCCCCUUUAACAAAUAGACCAGAAUCAACAUAAAACAGCACUAGUAUUCC